GAAGUCUCUUCACUCUUUUUAUACCUCAAAGCAAUUCACAAAGCCAUAACAACAUAGCUCCCUUGAUAUCAGUCCAAAAGAACAACAAAUGAGUUCCUCAAAGAAGAUCACUCUCGUUAUCCUUCUUGUUUCAUUUUAUAUGUUUUCAUGUGUUUCAAGCACUGAGUUUGAAGUUGGAGGAGUAGAGGGUUGGAUGGUACCACAAUCUAAGACUCAGGGAGAUAUGUUUAACCAUUGGGCUUCACACAACCGGUUUAAAGUUGGCGACACUGUCCGUUUCAACUACACGAAAGACUCAGUGUUAGUGGUGUCUGAAGAAGAGUACAAGAAAUGCAAGGCGACUAAACCUCAACUCUAUUCGAACAACGAAGACACGGUUUUCAAACUAGACCGUCCUGGUUUGUUUUACUUCAUUAGUGGUAUCUCUGGCCACUGCGAAAAGGGUCAGAAGAUGAUCAUUAAAGUCAUGGAGACCGAGUCUUCGCCAGAUUCUCCUCCUCCUUCAUCACCUUCUUCUUCCUCGUCUUCAUCUCCAUCUCUACCGGCUUCAACUCACAAGAAGAGCAGUGCGUUGAAAACCGCAGUCCAGUUCAGCAGUUCUGUCUUUGUUGUCUUUGCGGUUCUUGUUGUUUCGGUUUUCGGUUUGGCUUAGUCACGGUUGAGCAUUUUGUUCUCCUUAAAGAUUUCAUUCAUCAUUAGGGCUGCAUCGUUCUUACUUCUUGAGUAGUGACUUUCCAAAUAAGUACACUGACCGGUCAAGGUUUCAAUCAGCAUGUUUCACUUUUCUUGUAGCCUUAACUAUUUUGUUCUUUACAUUUUCUUAUAAUUCAACUUCUUAGUUAUUUUGGGCAAA